AUGCGACCGGCUCAGGGUGACACUGCAGGUGAGAGUGGCCCGCGGGUGCCUGUAGACCUGGCGCGGAGCGCUUCGGCAAGCCUAUCCUUCCCUCCCGACCCGCUGGCCCACCGGCCCCCAAGUGCCCCUCCGACGGAGCCCCCAGGCCUUUUUACCGCGGCCGCUCCAGCCCCCGGAGCGCCUUCUCCUCCCGCCACUCUGGCGCACCUUCUUCCCGCUCCGGCCAUGUACAGCCUGCUGGAGACUGAACUCAAGAACCCCGUGGGGCCAUCUACUCCGGGGACAGUAGCCGGUGGCCCCGCGGCCCCGGGCGGUGCGGGCAAGAGCGGCUCGAACGCAGGCAGCAACGUGAACGCGGGCGGCGGCGGCAGUGGUGGCGGCGCGAGUGGAGGCGGCGGCGGGGGGGGCAGCGAUCAGGACCGCGUGAAGCGGCCCAUGAACGCCUUCAUGGUGUGGUCCCGCGGGCAGCGGCGCAAGAUGGCCCUGGAGAACCCCAAGAUGCACAACUCGGAGAUCAGCAAGCGCCUGGGCGCCGACUGGAAGCUGCUGACCGACGCCGAGAAGCGGCCGUUCAUCGACGAGGCCAAGCGGCUGCGCGCCGUGCACAUGAAAGAGUACCCGGACUACAAGUACCGGCCGCGUCGCAAGACCAAAACGUUGCUCAAGAAGGACAAGUACUCCCUGCCCGGAGGCCUCCUGCCCCCCGGCGCUGCCGCCGCCGCCGCGGCUGCUGCCGUCGCGGCCGCCGCCAGCACCCCGGUGGGCGUGGGCCAGCGCCUGGACUCGUACACGCACGUGAACGGCUGGGCCAACGGCGCGUACUCACUGGUGCAGGAGCAGCUGGGCUACGCGCAGCCCGCCACCAUGAGCAGCCCGCCGCCGCCCGCCCUGCCCCAGAUGCACCGCUACGACAUGGCAGGCCUGCAGUACAGCCCCAUGAUGCCCCCGGGGGCCCAGAGCUACAUGAACGCGGCCGCCGCCGCCGCCGCCGCCUCGGGCUACGGGGGGAUGGCGCCCUCCGCCGCCGCUGCAGCCGCCGCCGCCUACGGGCAGCAGCCCGCCACCGCCGCAGCCGCCGCCGCCGCCGCCGCCAUGAGCCUGGGGCCCAUGGGCACGGUGGUGAAGACGGAGCCCAGCUCCCCUCCUCCCGCCAUCACCUCGCACUCGCAGCGCGCGUGCCUCGGCGACCUGCGCGACAUGAUCAGCAUGUACCUGCCGCCCAGCGGGGAUGCGGCAGAUGCCUCCUCGCCGCUGCCGGGCGGCCGCCUGCACACCGUGCACCAGCACUACCAGGGCGCGGGGACUGCUGUCAACGGAACCGUGCCACUGACCCACAUCUGA